AUGAAUGUUGAAUAUAAUGCUAACACUAGUCGUUAUUUACCAAAAAACUUAUCCAGUAUUGAGAAAAAUUAUGAAAAUGAAUAUUUUCAUUAUGAUCGUUCAGCUCAAAUGGUAAGUAUGAAAUUAUUGGAUAUAAAUCCCUAUCGUGUUCAUUUAAAACAAGUUUAUCCUGAGAAAAUUGAUGAAUAUGAAUUGACAGAUGAUAUGUUAAAUGUUCUCAAAACUUAUACGAACAGCACCAGUAGUGGAAAUGAUUGUUAUCUAAAAACAAAUUUAAAUUUAUUAACAAAUAAUGAUAUUGACUGGGUCUAUACAAAUAAAUUAUAUUCAUUAAUAAAAGGUUUAGAUCAAGAGGAUAUUAGACAUGUUUAUUAUAGAGGAUUAAAUUUAAACGAUACAGAAAUUAUAUACUAUAUGAAUAAACAAAAUGAUUAUUAUUAUACAAAUUCCUUUUACUCAUUUACUAUUGAUCGAUUGUUAACAUACUCAGGUAAUGCAAUUAUUAUUUUAAGAAUAAGCCCUGACAAUCAUUUGAAUAUUGCAAACAUAUGGAAAUGGAGUCAUGCACCAGAAGAGAAAGAAGCAAUUUUAUCAAUUGGAUCAAAAUUAAAGAUUUUGAGUGUUCAUUAUUUUGGUUAUAAAUGGGAAAUUGAAGUUGAAUUGGCCAAAGAUGAUGAUUAA